AUGGAGCUUAUGCCUUGGAUGCCAUUCUUGAUCCUCUUGGUGGCCAUUCACUGGAGAACAGCGAGCGAUGAUCUCAGGAAAAUGUGCCGUAGUGUGUGGAGCUUUUGCCAGCAACCCCCAUCUCCGAAGCCGAGCAGUCAACAAAGGCGUCUCGAUGAAGCCAUGAACCAGUUAAGGGAGAAGAAUUAUGUGCUGGCAAGCCGAUUCUUGCGGCAAGUCAACUUUGUUUCGCUGGUCACAUGUCCACUUAUGAACGCGAACGAUCUGCCAACAUGCGCCGCUCAAAUGUUCGCGUAUGUUUGCGCCUACACGAUGCACACCUGCAUAGCGAAUGGGAUUGUCAGAUUGUCUACUUCUGGCCUACGCCGGCUCUUCGUUUUCUACUACUUCUUGGGCGGCGCAACUUUUCUGUUGAAUAGUGACUUCUCUGUGGGCAUACUCUUGGGAUACAAGGUCAUUUUAUGCGUUUGCUAUGUUGACAGCGCAGUUCACGUCCCGGCGAACGUUCUGCUUGCAGUGAUGGAGAUUGGUCAUCAUGUUAUGCUGUCUGGCAGAGAGUUCCACGUCCUCGAGUUUGCCAUUGAUCGUGCAGUUUUCGCGAUUCUCGCCUCGGGCAUCUCUGUCGUGUUGGAGCGUACUCUCAGAGAUCGCCUAGCAGCGCAAAUCAGGAACAUGGACUCUGAAUCCAUUAUCCUGGCUUUUCGUCAGAUGCUUCGAGCUGUCUGUGACGGCGAAGUCCUUCUCGACGAUGGUCUGUGCAUACAAGAAGGUAGCAAUUGCCUGAACCGGAUUUUGUUUAGAAAGGAAUCCCUUGACAAGACGGCCUUUCGCAACAUCCUAGUUCAGGACUCGAGCGAGCUUGAGGCCUUUGACAAGUUCAUCUCGCAGCCGCUGGACGCUGGCAAAACAGCUGGGCAACUUGCUGCCCCAUGUUUGCGUCUGUCUCUACAGUCGGCUCAUGCCCAUCGAGUUGGGGUGGACGUCUACCACGUGGCCUUACAACAUCUUUUCGGUUGUGAGGGCUCCUACCACCUCCUUGGCUUAAAGCUCGAUGUAGAGAUGCAGUCCAUCCCUGAUGCCGCCUGUUCUUCCACGCCGGUGCUCACGCAGCCAGCGCAAAGUGCCGGGAGGCGAUAUCUAUCAGGACAGAGACCACGAUCCAGCCGAUCGGUUACAUCAUCCCUGCAUCGGACCAUGUCGAACCUGGAAGAGAUCAUGAUACUUGUUCGCAACGUGGACCAGCAGCCGGUAAGGCAGAUCCAUGUGAAGCACCGCGAGCCUCAAACUUUCACGGCGACGUCUGCGCACGAGGAAGUGCCGUGCUUGCGGAGUUUCGUCCGUCCAACCGACUGGGAAACGCUUCGUCGCUCCAUCGCCACAUACUCGGAUAAACGUGGGGAAAUGGACUUGCCUGGGCUCUGGGUGAAGGCCUUCAGCAGACAGUCAGGCUUUAUGAAAGCACGACGGGCGUCUCUGAAGCCUUGUCAGGAUGUUUCCAGAUCAAGGCGCAAUUGCUUUUGGCUGCAUCUUCGCGAGCUUCAGCUGGAAGAAGCGAACAAUUGGACUCCAAGCGAGCCGGACUUAGCCGAGAUGCCAUGUGAGAGCACGGUCUGA